CCUGUCCCUGCCGCGGCCGCCUGCCCCGCCGCCGCGGGCCGCGAGAAAGCGGGGACUUUGGAGACGGCCAGACCUGGGCCUUCCCGGCUCUGCUUCCAGCUCGCUGUGUGACCUUGGCUUUGGGAGAGCAGGCGCCGGAUUCGUGGCGUCCAUCCUUACACCGCAGUGCCCCGUACCGUGCCUGGGCAUACAGCAAGAGCUCAAUAAAUGACGGCUCCUUCAUUCCGUCCAUGGGACGGUCGCUUUGGGUGAGCGGGAGCGGCCUCAAUGUCGCCACUGGCCGGCAGAGGGCAGCCGGUACCCAGCCUUCUCUCCCAGCGGCGCCGCGGCUCCGCCUGCGUGCGCCCAAGUUGUCUCCGCCGUGGCGGCCAGUGGGCAGGACUGAGUUGCAAGUGCAGAAGCAAGAGCAACUGACCCUUUAAAGAUGCAUCCGGGACUGCAAAAAAGUGAAAAGGGGAACCAGAAAAAAACAGUGAAAUAAGGAAAAAGUUUCAUAGGAAAAACAUGCUUUCUGCAAACAACUAAAAAAGCUGCCCUCAGAAACUGCUUCUUUGAACCCCAUGGAGCAGCUGGAACUUGGACUGUGAGGCCCUUGCUGGGACACUCUCUCCCCUGCUGAUCCCCCAGAGUGGCCGUCGCCAUGGCCAGCAAGAGGAAAUCCACCACCCCGUGCAUGAUCCCGGUGAAGGCUGUGGUGCUGCAGGAGGCCAGUGCCGAGGCCCCGCCCUCCGUGGCUUCGCCUGAAGGCCCCCCAGCAGAGCAGCCCCCAGAAGGGCCCAGUGCCAGCAGCGAGGUGGCCCACAACGCCAGCAGCCCUGAUAGCCCAGCACUGGCCAAUGGGCAUCAGAGCACCUCAGAUGGCUCUUCAUAUUCCUGCAAAUACUGUGAUUUCAGAUCCCAGGACAAGACCCACUUUGUGGGACAUAUGAACUCAGAGCACACGGACUUUAGUAAAGACCCCACUUUUGUAUGCACUGAAUGCAGUUUUCUAGCAAAAACCCCCGAGGGACUUUCCCUGCACAAUGCCAAGUGUCACUUGGGGGAAGCCAGCUUUGUGUGGAAUGUGGCCAAGCCGGACAAUCAUGUCGUCGUGGAGCAGAGCGUCCCUGAGAGCACCAGCACUCCUGACCUCCCUGGUGAGCCCAGCGCUGACGGGACUGACAGACAGGCUGAAAUUAUCAUUACCAAAACCCCAAUCAUGAAGAUAAUGAAAGGCAAAGCUGAAGCCAAAAAGAUCCAUACACUCAAGGAGAACAUCCCCAAUCAGCCCGCGGGUGAGGCCUUACCCAGCCUGUCAGCUGGGGAAGCCGAGGGGAAGGAGGGGGAGCAGGCCUUCAUCAACGGGGCGGCUCCGGUCAGCCAGGCUGUGCCCGGCUCUGCAAAAAAACCCCACACCACCAACGGGCCCCUGAUAGGCACAGUCCCCGUUUUGCCGGCGGGUCUAGCACAGUUCCUCUCCCUCCAGCAACAGCCCCCUGUGCACGCGCAGCCCCAUACCCACCAGCCACUGCCCACCUCCAAGUCUCUCCCCAAAGUGAUGAUCCCCCUGAGCAGCAUUCCCACGUACAAUGCGGCCAUGGACUCCAACAGCUUCCUGAAGAACUCUUUCCACAAGUUCCCCUACCCAACCAAAGCUGAGCUCUGCUAUUUGACCGUGGUGACCAAAUAUCCAGAAGAACAGCUCAAGAUCUGGUUCACAGCCCAAAGGCUGAAGCAAGGUAUCAGCUGGUCCCCCGAGGAGAUUGAAGACGCCCGGAAAAAGAUGUUCAAUACAGUCAUUCAGUCUGUGCCGCAGCCCACGAUCACCGUGCUGAAUACUCCUCUGGUUGCCAGUGCUGGCAGUGUCCACCACCUCAUCCAGGCUGCCCUGCCAGGCCAGGUGGUGGGACAGCCAGAGGGCACAACAGGGGGGCUUCUGGUCACUCAGCCACUGCUGGCCAAUGGGUUGCAAGCAACAGGCACGUCCCUCCCCCUGGCAGUUACAUCUGUCUCCAAGCAGCCAACUGCCACCCCCAUCAACACUGUGUGUUCAAACACAACAUCAGCCGUGAAGGUCGUCAAUGCAGCCCAGUCACUCCUCACCGCAUGCCCCAGCAUAACUUCCCAAGCCUUCCUUGAUGCUAGCAUCUACAAAAACAAGAAAUCUCAUGAACAGCUAUCAGCUUUGAAAGGCAGCUUCUGCCGGAACCAGUUCCCGGGACAGAGCGAAGUCGAGCAUCUGACCAAAGUAACUGGCCUCAGUACCAGAGAGGUUCGGAAGUGGUUCAGUGAUCGAAGGUACCACUGCCGGAACCUGAAGGGCUCCAGAGCCAUGAUGCCCGGAGAUCACGGUGCCAUCCUCACUGACGCCGCACCAGAGGGGCCCUUGCCCCCCUCGCCCAGAGCCCCUGAGGUGACCUGCCUCCCAACGGCAGCCACCCUAGCAACCCUCCCUUCUGCCAGACGGCAGUCCUGGCACCACAGCCCGGACUUCACACCAACCAAAUACAAGGAGAGGGCCCCCGAGCAGCUCAGAGCCCUGGAAAGCAGUUUUGCACAAAACCCCCUUCCUCUUGACGAGGAACUGGACCGCCUAAGAAGUGAAACCAAAAUGACCCGAAGAGAAAUUGAUAGCUGGUUUUCAGAGAGACGGAAAAAAGUGAAUGUUGCGGAGACCAAGAAGGCUGAGGAGGGCGCCUCGCGGGAGGAAGAAGAGGCCGCUGAGGAUGAGGGUGGAGAAGAGGAUUUGGCCAGUGACCUAAAAGUUGCUGGUGAAAAUGGUUCCUCAGAAGUGUCAAGCAGCCACACCUUGGCAGAGCGUAAAGUCAGUCCCAUCAAAAUCAACCUCAAGAACCUGCGGGUCACCGAGGCGAACGGCAAGAGUGAACUGCCGGGACUGGGUGCCUGUGAGCCCGAGGAUGAUGGGUCCAGCAAGCUGGCAGAGCAGCCUCCAGGCAAAGUGAGCUACAAAAAGACAGCUCAUCAGCGGCACUUGCUGCGGCAGCUCUUUGUGCAGACGCAGUGGCCGAACAACCAGGACUAUGACUCUAUCAUGGUCCAGACGGGCCUGCCGCGGCCAGAGGUGGUGCGCUGGUUUGGGGACAGUCGCUACGCCCUGAAGAACGGCCAGCUCAAGUGGUACGAAGACUACAAGAGGGGCAACUUCCCACCAGGACUGCUGGUCAUUGCCCCUGGCAACCGGGAGCUCUUGCAAGACUAUUAUGUGACGCACAAGAUGCUGUAUGAGGAGGACCUGCAGAGCCUCUGUGACAAGACCCAGAUGAACCCCCAGCAGGUCAAGCAGUGGUUUGCUGAGAAAAUGGGCGAGGAGACCCGGGCCGUGGCAGACACGGGCAGUGAGGACCAGGGCCUUGGUGCCAGCGAGCCUGCGGCAAUUCACCAAGGGAUUGUUGAAGCUUACUUGGAGGUGUCCGAGAACAGUGAGUCAUGGGAGCCCAGUGCCCCUGAGGCCAGCUCAGAGCACUCUGACACCUCGAGUCCCCAGGCUGGACUUCAGCUGGAAACAGACUGAACCUGAAGCGAGGCCUGCGAAGGACUGGCCAGUCUGGAGUGCUGCCUACCACACGGAAGGGCCAAACCUGACUCUCUGCUGCCAGAUGCUGUUCCCAUGCCCGGCUGCUGGGCACCCGAGAGAGCACCCCAGAGGCCUCACAGCCGUCCCAGUGCCUGCCACCACCGGCCUGCCCACUGUGAGCAGGCAGGGAGAACGGGGUUCUUGCCAGUUCUUCCCCCCACAAUGUAGGACCUUUCCUUUGCCUUCCAGUGGAUAAAAUAGUUCAGAUUUCAUAUCCAUAGACACAGAAUCAACUUUUUAGCAUAUAUGUCCGCCUAUACACAUUUAAUAAAACAUGAGAUUUUACAUACUUUCAUUACAUAGAAACUUUGGUAAGCAAAGUAGCACAUUGCCUUUUGCAUCAUCUCGGAAAAUGCCCCGUGUCUGUUCUCUGGAGGUUGCUGGGGCCGCGUGUCCCCCCCACCUUCACCGGCCCACUCAGAACUACAUCUAGAGCCGGCGAGCCCCCAUGUGGCAUUCCUCAAGGAAUGCAGUGCUUUUGAAGAGCUCCCGCUGCGUUAAGCCAUGGCCAGCAACAUUUCAUGCCAGACUUGCCUUGCCUGAUGGGAUAAUCAGUACAGAACCUGCUGUUACCCUCAGUUUUCAAAACAAACUAUUUGUUAGUGUUUGCUUACCACUCUCAAGUUGUCACAGUAAUUCUGUUUUUUUUUUUUCAUGGGAGUUUGAAUCAUGGACCGUAGCUUUCUAGUUAUCAGAUCAACUAAAGAAAUAUUGUUGUUAAGCCUAAUAACUGACCUAUGUGCCACUUUUUUUUUUCCCCCCCAAUCUAGCUGCUUUUAGAGUGAGAGGAAAAUUGAAAAAAGAAAUGGGGUGGGAGGGGCAAAUGGAAGUGUAAUCGUGGCCUGUAGCUUUGUGGCAUGGCACUUUUCAGAGCACUUUAUCGACACUUUAAAGCCUCCCACGACUCAGGAAGGAAAAGUGACAGUGAGGGCUGAAGGGAUUCCAGAUUUUCUGUAGUGACUGGAACCAGAGUGGGCUUCAGCAUGAAGAUCUGCAUGCACGUGGGGAAUCCUAACAAAAUACCCGGCCUGCUUCCGGCCCCUCUGCAAGGGAGUGCUGGGCACCCCCCACCAGACCAUGGGAAGGCACUUUUAGAGGUUCUAUAUUUAUAUGCCCAGACUUGGAAAUGUGAUCUCUGUGUAUCUUAGCCUGAUCCCUUGUCCAUUUUUGAAUUGAGAAAAACACAUAAAAAGGUGCCUUUGAAACACUUCUGGCAAAGCUGUCCUAGACUAUCAUUCUCACCUUCCCCAGACAGCUCAGGGAGCAGCACUUAAAGAGGGUGGCCACGGCUGCACCACUGUAGCCCUCUGAGACCACCGCUCCCCAGAGUCGUGUGUGCCGGGGCCUCUAGGGCACACCCCUCCUGGGGUCCGGGCUGGGUGGGUGGCAUUGGUGACCCCAAAGAGAGGGCAGGGGUUUGGGGCAAGAAGUGGUGGUGCUUUAGCAACCCAGACCAGGCAGGGCACCCUCUGGCAUAGCUCAGAGGAGGAAAGCAGUAGAACCUGCUGCCUUUUUUUUAGAAACCAAAAGUCCUUGAACCACUGCUCUUCUAGAGGAUGUCUCCUCUUCCCUGUCUCGACAGGGACCACCCUGUGUUUGUCUCAGAAAGAUGACUUGUGACUACUUGGCAAGUUUUGCAGCCUGUUUUUGAAUCUGUUCCAUUUUUGGGGGGGGAGAGCUGUUUGGACCCAAGACCUCUUUGAGGAAUUACCAAGAACCCAAAUGGUGAGUGAUUGCCUUCCUUCAGAGAACAGACACCUGGAAUUUUUCCUUUAGUGUUUAUGUACAUGCAGAUUAAUUUAUAUAUACACAUAUACAGUACAAAUACUCAUUUGAUACUUUACUCAUAAAGCGUACAUCUGAUAUGUACAUUUGAGGAACUUCAUGGCACAUAGAUGUUAGGGGAAAUAGCCUGUGCUGGAGGGCGAGCCGUGCGCUGAGGGCAGCUGGUGGCCCGGCACUGAGCCAUGCUGCGUGUCUGAGGAAUCCCCUGGCACCUCGCCUCCAGAUCCUGCUGCCGGCGUCACGUCCAGAGCCCUGCGUGCACUGGCUGAAGGGUUGUGUCUUUAGAGAGGAUUUUCUUGGUUAUCUUAUUUGUAUUCACGUUGAAUUUACAACCCCAACAGCAAUUUGGAAAAAAUAAAUUACAUGGUUGGCAACGCCAUGCAGGACAGAGAAAACCACCCAGCCUCAGGCCUUAGUUUGUCUUUAAGAUGAAAAAGUUACAAUGCUAUCCACCCUGGCAUGUUUUUUGUCACAGGUACUGGUCCUGCCAAACAGCCAGGGCCAUGCCAAGAAUGCCAAGGUUGCCCAGGUAAGGAGCACAGCAGACUGGACAGACCCCAAUUCUUCCUGUGCUCUUGGAGCAAAUACAACAGGCCUUAAGCUUUAAGAAUAAGAUGGCCCAAGACCAUCGAUGAUGAGGGAGGCAGUCGGGUUAUCACACAGGUGCUUAAGGGGUAUCAUAGCAGGUACCUAGGUCUUUGGGUGUAAAACCAUGAAUGCUACGAAGCACACAUGUAGGAACGCCCCUGCUAGCCCAGAAACUGGAACCGCAGUGGGGGGCGGUGGGAUGGCUCUGGCAGCAGCCUGCUUUCCCGGCCCUGUUGCUUCCUGUGCCCUGUAGUUUUGCACAGCGGAAGGCUUAGUUCUGUGUUGUCACCUUUGCUAGAAGGUGGCCUCUGGGCUGCAGAGUUGAGAGAGGUGGGGUGGGGUUAGUCUUUUCUGAAGAGAAAGCAUAUUUUAUAAAGUGACUAAUCUUUUCCCUCUUCUCUGUAUGCACUUGGACUCAUCAGAUAGUAAAAUCAUAUUUCAAUGUUUUUCAUUGCCUAUGUUGUGUACACAUUUAUUAUAUUUUUUACAUGGGGUUGUAGAUCCAGUUUUAAUAGAUGAAAACAGAUCAUUGUUCUGAUAAAGAAAAUCUGAAUUUAUGAUACAUAUACUUUGCAUAUUUUGAUUACUUGUUUUAAUUUUUGAAUAUAGAGGAGGUUUUUGUUGGGAGGGAUUCUCAUUUUCGGGGGCAUUUGUGUUCCUGAACCAGAAGACCCUCAGGAUGAGUGGCCAGCACCUUGGGGAUUGGUACUGGCUGUAGGACUGAGAGCUCCUUUCUCUUGGCCAAGGGACUGGCAGCUGUUCCGAUGGACCAAAGUGCCUCAGCCCUGCUCUUUGGAAGCAGAAGGGGGAAGUUGGGCAGAGCCUUUUGGGCUCCCCCGUGUACUGAUCUCAUCCCCCACUGGCUUCGGAAGGCUGUCCCACCAGGAAGUUUCAGCAUGUUCUCUGGGUUGAGAUGUGGCUCUUAUAGGAUUUAUCCUGCCUAGUCAGUGGUCCACUGACAUGUUGUGUGUCAUCUCCCUUCCAGCCCCCCAGCAAACUGGGACAUCUGUCCCAUGGCUGCCCUCCACGGUGGGCAGAUGUCCAGCCCUUCCAGAAGGAUGCUCAUGUUUCUAUGCACAUUUUCUCUCUCAGCUCCCUUCCUGUGCUUUCUCUGUCUUCCUACCCUCUUCUUGGACCAAAAUCCUGAUUGGAGCAGUUUUUUCAGUUCACACAUCACAGCCCCAAGUGUUUAAAGUCACUUUGAAAGAAAGGAAAACCGGGAAAGAAGAAACUCUUAAAACCAAACCUGGAGUUUAGGCUUUUCCUAAAAUAUAUUUUUUUCCCUCCUUUUCCUUGCUCAGAGUACUUGAAGCAGUUUAUAGAUUUGAUUCACUUUGUGCAGGAGAUGCAUUUCUGUGUUAAUUUUAGAUUGUCAGGUAUCAGAUUGAUUUGCAAGGCUCCACUGUAUGUGGAGAGCAGUCCUUGAGACAUGGCAGUUGGCACAACCAGCAUUUUCUGGCUAAAGCCAGCAGAGGCUGAGGCUGGGCAGAUGCAGGGCUGUUAUCACUGGAGACAUAGAGCUCCCUCUUCAGAAUCGCUUACCUCAGCUGCCUCUUCUCCAUUCUCUUAAGAACCCGACAGUGAGCCACAUCAGGCCCCUCCACCACCCUACCCAAACUCUGGAAGGCUGUCUCAGUGUGGCCCGGGGACACUGACCUCAGAAAAGCUCAAAUACUUGAGCAAGCAGGGGAUGGUGGGAGCCAAGUCUCCCAAAUAGUUCCCUCCCACAUGGAGGCUUUCAUCUGAGGCUCUCGGGGUUUUGGCUGAGCCAUUCAACCCCAGGGCUGAUGAGGUUGAGGUAGCCGCAGCAUCUCCAGAAACAGAGAAGUGGCCAUCCCAAGUGCUGCUCCCCAGCCUGGCUCCACAUGGAAUUGGCAGACCUUGGUUAGAAUUCAUUUCUGCUGGAAUCUGUACCUGUUCCUACUGUCAGGUCACACUGGGAAGAGCAGCACGGGGGAAGGCAAACCCAGGUUGCUCAGCCUCGACAUUGUCAAGAAGUCAAAGGAGCACAUGCAAAGCAUUUGGCCCUAGAGAGGAUCAAGAGCCUGCCUUCUGAUGCUUCAGUCCUGAGCUCACUUAUCAAGACUAACUGUUCUCUGUUGAAUGGGGGACCGUGUCCUUCACCAGACUGAGGUAAGACAGAGAAUUUCUUUUUAGCCCAGGAUCCACCAACCAUUCUCACUGCCCCAAAAGUCCAGAGCAGGGGCUUGCAGGGGAGUAGCCCGAGAGUCUGGGGAUGGAACCAGGCAGGCCUGGUUGCCUUGUGCAUAAGGACAGAUCCCAGCACACUUCCUUGACUUUUCAAAAUUGCAUGUCUUGGUUUGUAGCACUUCAAGGAUCAACAAAGAAUGUGUAGUUACUGCUUUGAUGUUGCUGUCCCCAGUUUUCUCAGCCCUCAGAACCUGAGGCUGCUUGGGCAGCAGGCAGAGCAGAGGGGGAGGGGAGCUCAGCAAGCAGGGCUGGGGUGGUUCAAGCAGGCACCACAGCUGCCUUCUCUCCUGGCCGCCUGGCAUCUUCCCGCAGGCCACUCCGGGCAGGGGGGAAGCCAGGGCACCCGGGAGGAGCCUGAGUGUUUACCUGUUGUUAGUGCCCCUCCCUUCAGAUGGGCUCUGGAGUGCACAAGCUUGUGCAGCAUGAGCACUUGAGUGUGUCAGUCAGCAGCUUUCCUUGGUUAAUGCUUUUAAACUUAACUUGUGUUUUCUAUGAAAAAUGGAGGAUUUGGAAUUACUUGAUGUGACUGGAGUUGAGUGAAAGGUCUAGGAUAAAGGCUGGUCAAUCAGUGAAUAUAGACUGCUGUAAGUGCUUUGUUUUUCCCCGAGUUACACCCAGAGCAAGGGGUUAAGAAGCUACACAUGGUACUUCUUAGUACUGUGAUUUUUGUUUGAAAAGACAUUGCCAGUUAUCCAGAUUCUUAAACCUACAGCAUCCUUGCCGUUUGCUUGAAAUGCAGGCUGAGCCCCACAUCAAAUUGUGGACUGGAGCUGGGACUGCUGGCGCCCGCUCCCCAGCAGGCACCCAGCAUGGCCAUCAUGCCUGCCUCCCGCCAAACGGCAAAUGCCAGAGGAGCAGGUGCCCCUCUGUGUAGCAGAGUUACUGCUGUACUUCUGUAGCCGCUUUGUUCAACUGUGUCAGGAGGGUCAGACUGUGCCAUAAUUGUUAUUAAAAAAAA